GGUGUGCGCCGUUUGAAAGAAUGGCGCCGGCGGGGCGGCUGCUUCUGCGUGAAGAGAAGAUCCGGGGGAAGACCGGGCUGGCGCCUCACCGCGGCCUGGCUGAACUUCGGUCAUUAUCUAUUCCUGGAACUUACCAAGAAAAGAUUACUCACCUAGGAAAUUCUUUGAUGAAUUUAACAGGUCUAAAACCUCUAGAUCUCUCACGAAACUCCUUGGUUAGUCUAGAGGGCAUGGAGUACCUGGUGGCGCUGGAGCGUCUCAGCGUCUACCACAUCCGCAUCUCCUCGCUGGAGGAGGUCUUCCGGCUCCACUGCUUAACGGAGCUCGCGGAAGUGGACUUCCGGCUGCACCCUGUGGUGGAGAGCAAGGCUGACUACCGCCUCUUCGUGGUGCGCAUGCUCCCGCGGCUGCGGCGGCUGGAUGACCGCCCUGUGAGGGAGAGUGAGCGGAGAGCAUCCCGGCUGCAUUUGGCUUCGGAGGAAUCGCUGGACUCAAAGCAGAGCUUCCCAGCCGUUUUCAGAGUCGAAAGAUCAGACUACUUGCUGGGUAGACAGCUGCACGUGACUGCAUCACUCCGGAGCCAAGUGAGCUGCCCCCUCGGCCAAGAAGUGCUUGUCAUGGACGCGGAUGAUGAGGCGGCCCUGAACCUCAUUGCCGAGUGUGGGUGGGGCUUGAGCAGCCCUCCUGGGAGCACGAGUUCCAGCCAGCAGGAGCAAGAGGCCAGCUUCCAGCGCUCCAAGUCCCAGUAUGGCUUGCUCUGCUGGCCCCUGGUGGCCAGGCUCAGCUGUGCUGUGUGGGUGUGGGCUCGUGUGGAGGCCCUGGGCUGGAGGUGGGGGACAGAAGAGCACAGGUUGCAGGUCAAGAUGACAGUGGUGUCCGUCCGCUCAGGUCACGAGCACUUGCUGGGGACGCCCUGGACCCCACGGACCCCACCCUGGCUCAGCCCCUCCUUCUCAGAAGACAAGUUUAUUGACGCAAAAGGGGUUAAAUCCCUUUUGCCUGCUCGGAAAGCACAGGAAGCGCAGGGUGCGUGGCGGGAUGCUCCGGGCCCCUGCGGACCAGGAGUGUCUGAGCUGCUUGGAGGAGGGCCGGAGCUGGGGCCCUGUUCCCGCUCGGCGGCCUGGGGGCCCGAGCAGCAGAGCCCGCACAGCGUGCGUGAGCUGAGCCAGGUUCUCGCCCAGAGUCGCCCAGAGUCACCCAGAGCGGUUGUGGACGGUGCUUCGUCGCCCUUGUCACUGGCCCAACUGGAGAUGGAGACAUUCUCAAAGUUUGGGGCACGAGUGAAGACCACCCAGCAGACGGUGUGUCCCAAGUUGCACUUGGCUGUGCCGCCCGGGAAGAAGGCCACCCUGGAGGUGGUGCUCCUCGACCUGGUGGGCAGGCACUGUAGUGGCUGCAGCCCCCUGCACGGCAGCGAGGUGUUCCUCGCUCAGGCAAGACACAUUUUGUCAUCUGUCCAAGAGUUUACAGCCACUCAGGACAGUUCAACAACAGUGAGUGAAGAAAUUAGCUCCCUGACUAUGGAAAAUAAGUCUUUGCAGAGUCGCCUUGCUGAGCUACAGCAGCAGUAUAGCGUGAAGAUGAGUGAGGUGGUGUCGGAACUCAGCGACACUCGGAAGGAGAUGGAUCACCUGAGGCAGCAUCUGGGCAGAACUCUGGAGGAAAGCAGUAGCUUGAAGUCUCUUCUGUUCAGCGUGAAAAAAGAAGUGAGAAACGCCGACGCUCCAUCCACACUGAACUUGCAGAUCACUGGAUUUCAGACAAGUGUGAAGCGGCUCUCCGGGGAGAUUGUGGAACUAAAGCAGCGUCUGGAGCACUACGACAGGAUCCAGGAACUCGCCCAGAUGCUGCAGGAGAGCCGUAGGUACCUGGUCAGCACCAACGAGCACCUCCUUCGGGAGCUGGGCCAGGUGCGGGCGCAGCACGAGGCCGAGGUGGAGCCGCUGCACUGGAGCCACAGGGAGCUCAAGAAGACCGCGGCCCUGCGCCCCAGCGCCCGCCCGCGUCCGCGCCCUGAGCGCUCCUCUCUGUGGGUGUCUGUCUUCAGGGCCUGUGGUGCAGCCGGGGCGGGGGGGGGGGUCUGAAGUGUCCUAAAAAGACAGGCUCAUCCAAGCCCCUUACAUGUCUUGAGACAAACAGGUCAGUAGUUUUUCAUCAAAUAUCUUGAGACAAAGAAAAUACUGUAAUUUUCUGCCUAACGUGCAAGAAAGCAGCUCUGUAGGACGGUUAAAGAAAAUAAUUGAUUGUGUGACAAGCAGCCCUUAUUUAAUAAACUAAUACAUUGUUCUAAAAAGUGGCUCUUCGAUUAUAACUGAGUUUUGCGUUGGGUUCUUUUAUGAAAUAAGCCGUGCACCACGGUUGAUGAGCACGAACUGCAAGAUCUGAGACUAAAUACAAGUAACACCUAGAGCUGUGAAGAAUAAUGUUUGUGGCAUUAACUUUCCACAGGGGAAGUACCGCCCAAGCCCCACUCUCCUUGGUUUGCAGUUCAUUUCUGAAAAUUAU